AUGCUGAGAGGCCUGUUUCAGAGGAAACCUAAACAUGAGAGACUGGAGGAAGAACCUGAGGUCAGAUUCAAAGGCUUGCUGGUGUCAGAGAGAGACCUGGGAUAUACAUACGUCCGGCCUGGAGGCUCCGACUACUCUCCCCCUCCCCCACUUCCUCCCCCCGUCCUCACCAACGAGCUCAGUGGCGGUGGCGACCAUGGUGGAGGAGGGGACGGGGUCAACCACGGGGUGGGCGUGGUGGGCGUGGUGGGCCUGGCCCCGGAGCACAUCGCCACACCGGGGGCGGCCAUUAGCUGGCAGGCGGCAAUCGACGCCGCGCGGCAGGCGAAGAUAAUGGGCAACCCCGCAUCGGGCGGAGGGGCGGGGCUUGCGGCAGGAGGGGGCGGGCCCAUCUCCACGGUCAGCUCCACACAAAGGAAGAGACAACACUAUAGCUCUAAGCCCAAGAAACAGACAACGACGACAGCCACAAGGCCGCCACGGGCCCUACUCUGUCUCACACUCAAGAACCCCAUCCGCAGAGCCUGCAUCAGCAUUGUAGAGUGGAAACCAUUUGAGAUCAUCAUCCUGAUGACCAUUUUUGCCAACUGUGUGGCCUUAGCCGUCUACAUCCCCUUCCCUGAGGACGACUCAAACGCCACCAACUCCAACCUGGAGCGUGUGGAGUAUCUGUUCCUCAUCAUUUUCACGGUGGAGGCAUUCUUGAAGGUAAUAGCCUAUGGCCUGCUCUUCCACCCCAACGCCUACCUGAGGAACGGCUGGAAUCUGCUCGACUUCAUCAUCGUAGUAGUAGGGUUAUUCAGUGCGAUCUUGGAGCAGGCCACCAAGGGGGACGGAGGCACUCCUAUUGGAGGGAAGGCAGCGGGCUUCGAUGUCAAGGCUCUCAGGGCAUUCAGAGUACUCAGACCCCUCAGACUGGUCUCUGGAGUACCCAGUUUACAGGUAGUGUUGAACUCCAUAAUCAAAGCCAUGGUUCCUCUGCUCCAUAUCGCCCUGCUGGUCCUCUUCGUGAUCAUCAUCUAUGCCAUCAUUGGCCUGGAGCUCUUCAUGGGCAAGAUGCACAAGACCUGCAAUCACGAGCACACAGGCAACAUUGCAGAGGAAAAGCCGGCACCGUGUGCACCUGAAGGGGCUUACGGUCGACACUGUAACCACAACGGAACAGAGUGCAAGAUGGGAUGGGAGGGCCCAAACAAAGGCAUCACCAACUUUGACAACUUUGCCUUUGCCAUGUUGACGGUGUUCCAGUGUAUAACCAUGGAGGGCUGGACGGACGUGCUGUACUGGAUGCAGGAUGCUAUGGGCUAUGAGCUGCCAUGGGUCUAUUUUGUCUCUCUCGUCAUCUUCGGCUCCUUUUUCGUUCUCAAUCUCGUUCUGGGGGUGUUGAGCGGAGAGUUUUCCAAGGAGAGAGAGAAGGCCAAGGCACGUGGUGACUUCCAGAAACUCAGAGAAAAACAGCAACUGGAGGAGGACCUCAAGGGAUAUUUAGACUGGAUCACUCAGGCUGAAGACAUUGACCCAGAGAAUGAAGAGGAGGGCAUGGACGAUGAUAAACCUAGAAACCUGAGCAUGCCAGCAAGUGAGAAUGAAUCAGUCAACACAGACAAUGCCCCCGGGGGAGACGUGGAGGGGGAGACCUGCUGUACCCGGCUAGCAAAUAGGAUCUCCAAAUCCAAGUUCAGUCGAUACUCUCGGAGGUGGAACAGGCUGUGUAGGAGGAAGUGCCGGGCAGCGGUCAAAUCCCAGGUUUUCUAUUGGCUGGUCAUCUUCCUGGUUUUCCUCAACACUCUGACCAUCGCCUCUGAACAUCACCAGCAGCCUCAGUGGUUAACGGAAGUCCAAGACAUAGCCAACAAGGUGUUGCUCGCACUCUUCACUGGUGAGAUGCUGUUGAAGAUGUACAGUCUGGGUCUGCAGGCGUACUAUGUCUCGCUCUUCAAUCGCUUCGACAGCUUUGUAGUAUGUGGAGGAAUUCUUGAGACCAUUCUGGUGGAAACCAAGAUCAUGUCUCCUCUCGGCAUCUCAGUGUUGCGCUGCGUACGCUUGCUGAGAAUCUUCAAAAUAACCAGAUACUGGAACUCCCUGUCCAACCUGGUGGCAUCCCUUCUAAACUCUGUUCGCUCCAUUGCUUCCCUGCUGCUCCUGCUCUUCCUCUUCAUCAUCAUCUUCUCCCUGCUCGGCAUGCAGCUGUUUGGGGGGAAGUUCAACUUCGACGAGACCAGACGGAGCACCUUUGACAACUUUCCCCAGUCAUUGCUCACUGUGUUUCAGAUCCUAACGGGAGAGGACUGGAACUCUGUGAUGUAUGAUGGUAUCAUGGCGUACGGUGGACCAUCCUUCCCCGGCAUGCUGGUCUGCAUCUACUUUAUCAUCCUCUUCAUCUGCGGAAACUAUAUCUUACUGAAUGUCUUCUUGGCCAUUGCUGUCGACAAUCUGGCUGACGCUGAGAGCCUGACAUCCGCCCAGAAAGAGGAGGAAGAGGAGAAGGAGAGGAAAAAACUCGCCAGGUUGGCCAGUCCAGAGAAACGUCAUGCCAACGAGAAGCCGCCUCUGGAGGAGGUGAAGAAGAAGGAGAAGAAGAAGAAGAAGGAGAAGAUAGAGCUGAAGUCCAUCACCUCUGAUGGAGAGACAAACACUGCUACUAAGAUUACCAUGGAUGACUACGGUGGAGAUGAGAGUGAAGAGAAGAACCCAUAUCCUGCCAAUGAUUACAUAGGAGACGAAGAGGACGAAGAGCCAGAGAUGCCAGUGGGGCCGAGGCCCCGGCCCCUCUCCGACAUUCAUCUGAAGGAGAAGGCCAUUCCCAUGCCUGAGGCCCGCGCCUUCUUCGUCUUCAGCCACACCAACCAAUUCAGGGUUCUGUGCCAUAAGAUUGUCAACCACAACAUCUUCACAAACCUCAUCCUCUUCUUCAUCCUGCUCAGCAGCAUCAGUCUGGCAGCAGAAGACCCGGUCAAAAACGACUCCUUCAGAAACCAGAUCCUGGGCUAUGCAGACCAUGUCUUUACCGGACUCUUCACCAUAGAGAUCAUUCUUAAGAUGACAGCCUAUGGGGCCUUCGUCCAUAAAGGUUCAUUCUGUAGAAACUAUUUCAAUAUUUUGGACCUGGUGGUUGUCAGUGUGUCUCUCAUCUCCUCUGGAAUACAGUCCAGUGCAAUUAAUGUGGUGAAGAUCCUGAGAGUCCUGCGAGUGCUCAGACCCCUGAGGGCCAUCAACAGAGCCAAAGGCCUGAAGCAUGUAGUGCAGUGCGUCUUUGUGGCCAUCCGGACCAUCGGCAACAUUGUCAUCGUCACCACGUUGCUCCAGUUCAUGUUUGCAUGUAUCGGAGUACAGCUCUUUAAGGGCAAGUUCUUCUUUUGUACCGACAGCUCUAAACAAACUCAGGCAGGUUGCAGGGGCUACUACAUAAUGUAUAAGGAUGGUGAUGUGACGAAGCCUGAAAGAGCCCACAGAGAGUGGGAGAACAGUGACUUUAACUUUGACGACGUCCUGCAAGGCAUGAUGGCUCUGUUUGCUGUGUCGACCUUUGAGGGCUGGCCAGGGUUACUGUACCGGGCCAUAGACUCUCAUGCUGAGGACGUCGGGCCCGUCUACAACUACCGCGUGGUCAUCUCCAUCUUCUUCAUCAUCUACAUCAUCAUCAUCGCCUUCUUCAUGAUGAACAUCUUCGUCGGUUUCGUCAUCGUCACAUUCCAGGAGCAAGGAGAGCAGGAAUAUAAGAACUGUGAGCUGGACAAGAAUCAGCGUCAGUGUGUGGAAUAUGCUUUGAAGGCCCGGCCGUUGCGUCGCUACAUUCCUAAAAACCCUUACCAGUACAAGGUGUGGUAUGUGGUUAACUCCACCUACUUUGAGUACCUGAUGUUCACACUCAUCCUUCUCAACACCAUCUGUCUGGCCAUGCAGCAUCAUGGACAGACAAUUCAUUUCGAUGAUGCCAUGAACAUCCUCAACAUGCUCUUCACUGGACUCUUCACUGUGGAGAUGAUCCUGAAACUGAUUGCCUUCAAACCCAGGGGGUACUUUAGUGAUCCCUGGAAUGUGUUUGAUUUCCUCAUCGUAAUUGGCAGCAUAAUAGACGUCAUUCUCAGUGAGAUCAACCCAGCUGACUCCUCCUCGUCCUCGCCAACCAUGAACUCUGAAGAGAACGCCAGGAUCUCCAUCACCUUCUUCCGGCUGUUCCGCGUGAUGAGGCUGGUGAAGCUGCUGUCUCGCGGGGAAGGGAUUCGGACCCUGCUGUGGACCUUCAUCAAAUCCUUCCAAGCUCUGCCCUACGUAGCUCUGCUUAUAGUGAUGCUAUUCUUCAUAUACGCUGUCAUCGGCAUGCAGAUGUUUGGUAAGAUAGCGCUGCGAGACCACACACAGAUCAACAGGAACAACAAUUUCCAGACGUUCCCUCAGGCAGUGCUGCUGCUCUUCAGAUGUGCAACAGGUGAGGCAUGGCAGGAGAUCAUGCUGGUGUGUUCGCCCGUUCAGCCGUGUGAGAAGGGAUCAACCAAUGAGACCAACUUGGCCCCCGAGGACUGUGGCAGCCAGUUUGCCAUCAUUUACUUUGUCAGCUUCUACAUGCUCUGUGCCUUUCUGAUCAUCAACCUGUUUGUGGCCGUCAUCAUGGACAACUUUGACUACCUGACACGUGAUUGGUCAAUCCUGGGGCCUCAUCAUCUUGACGAAUUCAAGAGGAUCUGGGCUGAAUAUGACCCAGAGGCUAAAGGGAGAAUAAAGCACCUGGAUGUAGUGACUCUGCUGCGAAGAAUCCAGCCCCCACUGGGCUUUGGAAAGCUCUGUCCACACAGAGUAGCCUGCAAGCGCCUGGUGUCGAUGAACAUGCCUCUGAACAGCGAUGGAACCGUGAUGUUCAAUGCCACGCUGUUUGCCCUGGUCAGAACCGCACUCAGGAUCAAGACAGACGGAAACCUGGAGCAGGCCAAUGAGGAACUGAGAGCUAUAGUGAAGAAGAUCUGGAAGAGAACCAGCAUGAAGCUCUUGGAUCAAGUAGUGCCCCCUGCUGGAGAUGAUGAGGUAACAGUCGGGAAGUUCUACGCUACCUUCCUCAUCCAGGAAUAUUUUCGCAAGUUUAAGAAGAGGAAAGAACAAGGGCUGGUGGCCAAGGUGGCCCCCAAAACUGCCCUUUCUCUGCAGGCGGGCCUGCGGACAUUGCAUGACAUUGGUCCAGAGAUUCGGAGGGCCAUAUCUGGAGACCUGACGGUGGAGGAGGAGCUGGAUAAAGGCCUGAAGGAGCCUGUGUCGGCUGCAUCCGAGGAUGAUAUCUUCAGGCGUACGGGUGGGUUGUUCAGCAACCACGUCAACUACUACAACCAGAGCGAUGGCCGCGCCUCCUUCCCACAGUCCUUCACUACCCAGCGUCCUUUGCACAUCAGCCAGCAGGGCUCCCCUUGCGAAGUCGAGAGUCCGUCCCACGAGAAGCUCAUGGACUCGACCACUUUCACCCCUUCCUCUUACUCCUCAUCGGGCUCCAAUGCCAACAUCAACAAUGCCAACAACACCGGCAUGAUCGGGGUGGUGACCCAGGGCAUCAGUCGGUUCCCGAGCCCGUCCAUAAGCACUGUGGACGGGCACACAGGACAGCCGCUCACCCCCAUCCUGCUGCCAAGGUCCGCGUGGUGCUUUCCUCCAAAGAGGACGUGUUUUUAUGACACCCUCAUGCGCUCGGAUUCAAGUGACAGCCGUCGGCCAAUCAUCCGGAGAGGCGAGGGGUCAACGGAGGAGACGUAUGAUGAGAGCUACGGCGACGACAGGGAGUACCACGAGGACGACCACUCGCUCUCCUCUGACAUGCUGGUGUAUCACGAUGAAACGUGUAAGCAGUUGAAUCCCAUGGAGGAAGGAGAAGAGGUAGAAGACAGAAGAGGAGGAGGAGAAGGAGGGUGGCAGUCUCCCAGGAGAGUCUUCCUCUGCCCCACCACUCUGGCGCGUAGAUCGUCUUUCCAUCUGGAGUGUCUCAGGAGACAUUCGAGGCCAGAUGUCUCCCAAAGGACGUCUGUACCGCUACAUCUUGUGCAUCAUCAGGCUCUGGCAGUCGCAGGGUUGAGUCCUCUGCUAAGACGGAGUCACUCACCUACCCUCUUCAGCCGGCUGUGCUCCACGCCUCCAGCCAGUCCCACAGCCCAUUGCAGUGAUGCCUCCUACCAGCGAGUGCCCUCUCUGAGGCUAGAGGGCUUAUACUCGCAUGAAAAGCUCAAUACGAGCUUGCCCUCUGUCAACUGCGGGCCCUGGUACAGCGACAGUAAUGGGAACAGCCGGGUUCCCAGUCCCAACCCCAGUGUGUCUAAUCAAAGACCACCACGGCCGUUGUCGCUCACAGUGCCCUCGCUACCGGGAAAAGACUCCAGCUCGCUGUGCCACGGCAGUGCAGGCAGUUUGGUGGAGGCAGUGCUAAUAUCAGAGGGUUUGGGCCAUUUCGCCCAGGACCCGUCGUUCAUCGAGGUGACCAAAGCCGAGUUGGCCGACGCAUGUGACAUGACCAUCGAGGAGAUGGAGCACGCCGCCAACAACAUUCUCAACGGCAACACCGCCACGAACGCAACAUCCAGCACCUCCUCCACCUCCCAGCACAGUCCCAACGGCAACCUCCUCCCCUUCCACACAGCAGCAGCAACGCACAGGGACCAAGUGGUCAGCGAAGGCGAGGAAGAAGCCGGAGGAAGCAGAGGUUCCGUCCACGGGCCGUCCUCACUGGAGGAGCGGCAGGAGCUGCUCGCAGAGGAGAGGGGACGAGAAGAGGAGGAGGAGGAAGAGGAAGAGGUGGAAGAGAGGGAAGAGGGGCAGCACAGAAGCUCGGUUGUGAUUGGAGGAGAGCGGCAGAGGAACAGCAGGCUGUUGGAGGACGAGGAUAUGGAGUGUGUGACGAGUUUGUAGGAGUCGUAUUGACAGGUUUGAUUGGCCUACUGGCCUCUCUGACAUCAUCAGAGACUGACGGUUGUCAGUGCUGGGUAACAGCGCCGUGGCUGGCUCUGUCUGUCCCCGCCCCUCACACACACACACACACACACACACACACACACACACACACACUGUCUGCCUCUUAGCAAGACGUAUUUGCUCUGGACAAUGGCGGCCAGUGAUGCAACAUUAAACACCAGGUUUUGACUUUGUUGGUUUGUAAAGGUUUGUAUGUGUGUGAAUGUUUGUAGUCAAGUAUACCACACUAUACUCUAUACUAUCUGAGUGUAUGCUUGUGUGUGUGUGUGUGUGCGUGUGUGUGUGUUCUAUGAUUUUCUCUAUUUGUACGUGUGCGUGUGUUCUGCACACAGAUCUGAGUGUGUCUCUAAAGUGCCUCACAGUUUUAUCAUGUCCUCAAAGUGUGAAAAGAAAAGUAGGGACGAGAAGAAAAAAAAAAGAGAUGGGAUGAAGGAUGAAAGAAAGGUAGAAAGGAAACAACAGAAGCAGGAAGUCCUUUUCAUGUGUUUACUGCAGAUGGGUUAGUGUGUUUCUUGUUUUCAUUUCCUAUGCCUAUGUUAUUGUUGAUUGUCUGGCCGCCAUGAACCCAGGUAGGGGACAGCAGACCAGCUUGUGGGAGGGGGUGUGAGUUAAGGAUUUAGAUCGGACCGCACACAUUUGUGGUCAAAUGGUCAACUCUUCCUUCUUGGUUCACUGAUGGUGAAGCGCUGUAUUGAGUAAACAGGGGUGAGGAAAACCCUGUUUGAUAUAUCAUUUCUCUUCCUCUUCCAAAGCAAAGGGACCUUGGAGCACAGCCCUGCCAGCCUGGGGAUGGGAUUAAGGUGACAUACCACCCCCAGCCAGGGGGGGAAGGAUUUGAGGGAUGGACCAACAGCCACAACAUGGCUUCUGUAGGGGGGUCAUGGGCAGAGAGAGACACUCUUCUGGCCUACAGGAAGCUAGCCAGCUCUGAAACCCGCUGGUUAGUGGGAUGCCAGCGAGAGACACCUGUCACCUUGAUCUGGCUUCACCUCCUCUGCCGCUUUUCCUUGUUUGGUCACGCCCACUUCCUGCCAAACAGGAAAUGGGAGGAGCAUUUGGUGGCUAAGCAGAGACAGCGAGCCCCCUUUUCUGCCUCAUACCUCGACGAUCCUCACUCCUCCCUCUCUCCUUCCUCCCUCUUCUUUGGUUAUUCGACCAUCCCUCUUCCUCCAUUGCUGGAUAUCUUUUCUUUUUCAGCCCUUGGGAGGCGAGUGUGUCGAACAGGUGUAACAGAGACGGAGGGUGGAGAAGAGUACGGGAGUGACCGAUGGAAAAGAAAACAGACUCUGGGCAUGGAUCGACAGAGGAUCUGUCCGUCAGUCAACCUCACUUCCUUCUCCAAGACCCUCCUCUUCCUCUGAGCGUGAAAUCCUAUUGGAUUUGCUGCCACACACUCUCUCUACAGACCACGCCCACUAUGUAUUUAACAGUUCAAUAUUGUGCAAAACUGGCUAGCCAUGACUAUUUUGUUUUAUACUCAUUAUGUUAUUGGUUUAAUUUAUCCUUGAUUUGUUUGCAAAAUCGGGGUGCUGGUCUCAUAAAUGUAUUUUUGCUCAAUUUAUUUUAGGAGAAUUUUAAGAGGUUUUAAGUAUCGAAGCAGGGCGUAAUGUUUGCGUGCAAGUGUAUAACUAUAUUUGUGCGUGCGGGUGUGUGUCUGCGUUUUAGUACAGGAUGUAUGUAUGUAUGUAUGUAUGUACGAAUGUUUGAGAUAGUGUGUGUAUCUAAAAGAGGGGUCAUUCUCUCUAUCAGUAUGCACCUUUUACAGAUUGUAUCUAUUUAUUUAUUUAUUUUUCCCAGAAGAGAAAAAAAUGCGUGAGGAUGUUUGUAUGUGUGCGUGCCUGAGUCCGAGUGGUUACUUGUGUAUUCUAAAAAGCUGAAUUUAAGCCUAGACAGUAAAUUAAGGUAGCAUUACAAGUAUGGUAUUGUGUGAGUUGGGGGGGGGGGGGGGGGUG